CUUUACUAGGAGGCCGAGACACGACUACGCCGCUGAGCCAAACUUGCAAAAGAACAGAACGCUUUUUGUGCUCGGAUCGCGUCAAUAGAUACGACCACAGGUGAAGUGAGGUUUUUACAAGCGUUGUUCAUUCUCCUCACGACCCUUUACUAUAGUCUUUUUCUUCCUUUCGCUCGGUAAAAUUGCCGCACAUCUUCAUCAGCGUCCUGGUUCAAAUGCAAACGAAUGGCUGCUCUUAUCGAUGAGGCCACUGGUGUCGCUUGAGAGUUGUCGUCGGUCGUAAAUCGUUCAUCGCAUCGCUCGAAACUGACCAGCUCGGGACGGAAAAGUGGAACGACGACGACGGUAAAAGCCACUGGUGGGAGCCGACAUGAAAACUCCAUUUUGAUAACCUCACUCGAAACUAGCUCCGCCUGUUUUUUGUGUUUUCAAAAGAAAAAGUUGUGUUGAGCUGAUGUAUGAAUUGAUUCUCACCGCCGUUUUUGUACAUCUUUCUUACCAACUAGAAGCCUAGCGUCGACCUCUUGUACCAAUUGGUACUGUUCUGGCAACGCAGUAAUUUUGACUUCGCCACCCCCCUUUUUUUUACGUUGUGUUUGUCUACUUUGCGCAAUGGAUGCGUGCUAAACCUAAAUCAGUGCUUGCCUCUGCAGGCCGCGCACUUAUCUUUGACUCCUUGAUGGGACUUCCAGUUGCCGUUGCGUGCACUUACCUACGCGACCAUUUUGAAUUGUAAUUUGUGUAGCCCCGGGAUGAAAUUUCAUUUUGCGUAGAAGAACGCAGAAGAAUUGUAUUCUAUCUGACGGUGUUGACUUGGUUGGUGUGGCUGUUCCUCCUUUUCAGUUUUUUCUUUCAACAUAAACGAAAACCAAUACUACAAACAGAAGCAUUGCCUUGCUUUUGCUGGUCUUGGUCCUGCUUGCAGUACGACUUAAUAUAGUAAAAUUUGAAAUUUUGAAGAAAUUCAAGUCGCCGACGAGCUGAUAGAUUCUAUCAUAGCCCUAAAAAAGCGUCUGGCCCUCCAGUAAGUACAUGCAUCAAGAAGUCUAUAAUCCGUAGCUAAAAAUUGAACUCCCGCUCGCUUCAUCUUCUCUCGGAUUCAACUUCAUUAUUGAUCGGGUAUAGAUAUAUCCAUUGAAGAUCCCUGAGAAGCCCAAGCCGAGACAACACAAUCAAAAGUAUAAAAACAAAAUCCUGGGAUUGUUGUAAAAGGGAGCAAUAGAUCUCGGAAAAUUCGAUGCAAGAUAUUGCUCGGACGAGGUUGGCUUUUGAAGAUCCAGUCCCCCUGGUGUUGUAUCCUCGUGGUCCGGGAAAUUGUAGGGAACAAGCGAAAGAAGGAGCCAGCAGGAAGGCGUGAAGAAACAGAAACCUCCUCGGAAGAUAGAACGUCGAGUUUCUUCGCCCGUCCGUCCUCGUCAUGGUGAUUAACAACCGGAGUCAUCAUCAUGUGUUGCCGGCGGCCGUCGCCGAAGACAACGCUCCCAACGAGAACGAUGACAUCGUGCAUUUCCUCCCGGCAUCCCGCAAGCAGCUACAGCACCCGCACGAGCACGUGCCUUCGCGCCCCGGCUCCGUUCCCAUCGGACCGCCAAGGGAAUAUCGUGACCCGCCCGGGCUGCCACUUCGGGUAUGUAAAUCAAUGUUGAUCUUCGGUUUGUUCGUGUUGGAAUGCAUAGCAUAGCAUGCAAAAAUUAAGGAUGCAGCUUUGCUUAGUUUUUUGCUCGUUGCUGCUGGUGUUAUCGUUCUGGUUCUUCGUCUUCGACUGGUAAUAUCACAGCCAGGAAAGAACCAACUGAGCAAGCAAUCGAAUUCCGAUUCGGGAAACGAAAACGAGCAUAUGCAACAUGAAAAAAAAAUCACAGUCCGAGAGCGCGAACGCGGGGCUGACGAUGUGGCGCGACCUUUUGGUGGACCAGCGCCCGCCGUCGACGCCGGACCCGUUCUUGCCCCCCGCGUUGCAGAGCAGCUCGACACCGAAAAUUUUUGGCGCGCGGCCCGUUUCCACCCCCCUACCCGACGUGACGCGCAGCAGCAGCGCGAACAUCGAACCGCUGUGGACCUCGGCGUCCUCCUCCCGGGGCAAUUCCCCGAUCAAAUCGCCCAGAACCGCGACCACCUUCCUGCACAAGAUGCAACACCACUCCGGGACGUCGAGCUCCUCCUCGGCGCGGGCGCCGAUACCCAGCUUCCACCAGCAGCACCAGGUGUACGUCGUGCAGCAACCGCAGCCGCGCCGCCCCGGGGCCGGCAACCUUCACUUCCAGCCGCAGUCGGGCACCAGUGCGGGCGGGAGCUCCACGUCGCACAGCGCCGACGUGGAACACGAACUGCGAAUACACGAGCAGGCGCGUGCCGCCAGCGCACAAGCAGGCAUGCUCAAAGCGAGGCCACCGCCCCGCGGGGCGGAACACCUGCACGACGACAUACUGCUCGAUCCGGAGCACGAUGUACCAAGAAUUUUUACCCUUUUGAUGUUGCAGGCGAGCUUCGAAGUCGAUUUCCGCAAAACAAGACAGAACUUGAUAAUCUUCUGCAAACGAGUUGGAGUUCGAGUCAUUUAAUACUGAUGAAGUAGAUUCAUUUGUGUGAACUGCGCCUGAUCAACAACUACAGUUGCCUGCCGAUGUAGUGGAUCGCAGUGGAAGCAUUCCGAUACACACGCCAAGCCCCAUCGGCAUCGGCUACCAUAAUCCGCUUGUGUGGGAAGGCCUGUAUCGCCAGUUCCUCGCCGCGGAAUCCGCCUACGCACAGGCAGCACACCACCAGGCAGCGUCUGAACACCACCUCGCUGCGGCUGCUAGGAUAGUCAAAGUACGCUGCUUAUCUUUAUUCCUCUUUCUGUGAAACAGGAUAGAUUUCGUGACGAUGCAAACAGUUUCUUGUUGGCUCUGGGGGCAUCAACCUGGUACUGGCUGCAACAUCGACAUAAGUGAUUGCAUUCGUACGUAAAGGCAAACGCAUUUUUCGUGCAAUCCUAAUCUGCAGGAGCAGGACGAGUGGCGAAGCCCAUGGAGUGGAGUUCCAGAAGAUCCCUGGUGGCCAGAGCAAGGUCGGCCCCCGCACCUACCCCCGCCCUCGGAGAGCUGGUAUACAUUCGCGUUUCCUUCGUUUGAUCUUUUAUGGAGAUUACAUACCAUGGGGAUGAGCUUGUUCCAUUUUCUAUACUUCAUCCUCCUCCUCCUCACUACAAAUGGUAUCACAUCACUUGGAAGAAGACAUGGUUCGGAACCUCCCAAUAGAAUAGUUCACCGGAAAAUUUUGGUUGAUUUCACUGGGGAAUGAUUUUCGUUUCCGGGCACCUGAGCGCGUCCGACACCUCCACAUCGCCGGGCAACCGCUACGCCGCAGCACUGCGGUACUGGGAAAGAAGUGAUAUUUCAGUGAAAUCUCACUUUUUCCAGAGUCUCACUUUUGGGCGCCCAAAAGUGAGAUUUCUCAAAAAGUGAGAUUUCAGUGAAGUCUCACUUUUUCCAGAGUCUCACUUUUGGGCGCCACAAAGUGAAAUUUCUCAAAAAGUGAGAUUUCAGUGAAAUCUCACCCAUUUCCGAGUGCGGUACUGGGAAAGGGGUGAGAUUUCAGUGAAAUCUCACUUUUUCCAGAAUCUCACUUUUGGGCGCCCAAAAGUGAGAUCUCUCGAAAAGUGAGAUUUCAGUGAAAUCUCACCCAUUUCCCAGUGCGGUACUGGGAAACGGGUGAGAUUUCAGUGAAAUCUCACUUUUUCCAGAGUCUCACUUUUGGGCGCCCAAAAGUGAGAUUUCUCAAAAAGUGAGAUUUCAGUGAAAUCUCACUUUUUCCAGAGUCUCACUUUUGGGCGCCACAAAGUGAAAUUUCUCAAAAAGUGAGAUUUCAGUGAAAUCUCACCCAUUUCCCAGUGCGGUACUGGGAAAGGGGUGAGAUUUCAGUGAAAUCUCACUUUUUCCAGAAUCUCACUUUUGGGCGCCCAAAAGUGAGAUCUCUCGAAAAGUGAGAUUUCAGUGAAAUCUCACCCAUUUCCCAGUGCGGUACUGGGAAACGGGUGAGAUUUCAGUGAAAUCUCACUUUUUCCAGAGUCUCACUUUUGGGCGCCCAAAAGUGAGAUUUCUCAAAAAGUGAGAUUUCAGUGAAAUCUCACCCAUUUCCCAGUGCGGUACUGGGCUCCAGUGCGGCACUGGAGCCCAGUAUCACUUUUUCCAGAAUCUCACUUUUGGGCUCGAAAGUGAGAUUUCUCAAAAAGUGAGAUUUCAGUGAAAUCUCACCCAUUACCCAGUGCGGCACUGGGAAACGGGUGUGAUUUCAGUGAAAUCUCACUUUUUCCAGAGUCUCACUUUUGGGCGCCCAAAAGUGAGAUUUCCCAAAAGGUGAGAUUUCACUGAAAUCUCACUUUUUCCAGAAUCUCACUUUUGGGCCCGAAAGUGAGAUUUCUCAAAAAGUGAGAUUUCAGUGAAAUCUCACUUUUUCCAGAGUCUCACUUUUGGGCGCCCAAAAGUGAGAUUUCCCAAAAAGUGAGAUUUCACUGAAAUCUCACCCAUUUCCCAGCGCGGCACUGGGAAACGGGUGAGAUUUCACCGAAAUCUCACUUUUUCCAGAAUCUCACUUUUGGCGCCCGAAAGUGAGAUUUCUCAAAAAGUGAGGGCAUUUUUAAGAGUGUGCAUGUAGUGCGUAGGCACAGGAAUUGCCCGCUUUGUAUUAUUGUUAUUGUAUAUGAGUCGUAGUGGUAUUGGCAGGAGAUCAUGGCCCGCGUAGCCUUUCACCUCUGUCGACCGCGCAGCAUUUCAUUUGUAUGGGGCAUUUAUGAAGCAGAGAGCGCCAAAUUGUGUAGGUGCUAGUGUGAAGCUUUGCCGUUUUUGCCUCCCAGUGUUUUGCAGAAAAAUUUUCCGGUGAAGAGGGGGGGGCUUUUCCGAUCCAUGGAAGAAGAAUUAAAUGCAGGACCAUUCAUAUUGCCCAUUUUGAUUUUCGUACUUCCUCAGGCGCGACCCACCGGUGUCCCUGACGGAUCCCUAUCACGAAAGCUUGCGGCUUUACCACGAGGAACAGCAGAGGGCAGUCAAGGUGGCAGCAGGCGCGCCCCCACCCGCCACGGCAAGUGUGAAUGGGUACCACGCCUAUCCACCGCCGGCGAUACCGGCACCAGGUGUACCAACAGCAGCGAGCUACGACCCCCGGCACCACGGACCGCCACCUCCCUUGCCGCCCGCUGCACUGCUCCGAACGAAAAUGAGCACGCCCCCGCCACCGUCUUUCGCGCCGCCUGCUCCGGAGCCACAUCCACCUCCCUACCGCAGCGAGCGCCAAAUGAUCAAGGAGCAUCUAGAUGCCGAACUUCCGCCUCCCGGCAUCAAUCUGGUCAACGGGACGAGCACUACUAUACCUCCAGCCGCAGUUGCGCCAUCUUCAAAUAGCCACUACUACGACCGAGGUGCACCACCUCCGCCUGGUCAACAUCCACACGCGACCGCUGGAGGCCCACCACCUGUUCUUGACAGGCAUCUGCACGGCAGCCGGGUUGCGACGCCGAACGGAGCUCCUCCGCCCCACACGACCACUAGUAGUUCAUCCUCCAUGGCAGUUCCACACAUCAACUACGAUUCAUCCCACAACUCAACCCCUUCUGGUUGGGACCAAAUGCACCAGCAUCGGCCGCUGGGUGCAUCUUCCUCCAGCGCGGCCAGUACGGCAACCGGAAGUCGCGGACCUCCUCCGCCCUCAUUGCACCAUGCAGGAGCUGCACCAGUCGCGGGCGGACCACCGCCACCAAUACCUCCUGCGGUCGUGCACCACUACAACAAUCCGCAUGCAAUGCACUUCGAAUCGCCGCACCUUCAGCAGAGUCCACCAGCGAACUCCGAUCAGCUGAAUUACGAAUCCACCACGGAAAAAUCCGUACAUUACAACACCCGCAGUCACAACACAACCGGCAGCGGCGGCGGUGGCCCGCGAGGAGGUGGGGGACGCGACCGGACAGGAGGCGGACACAACAAAAGUGGCACGAAAGAGAACAACGGUAACCUGUCCCGAAACGGCAGCAAACACUACAACCGCGAUCCGCCGUACAACAGCAUGUACAACAGCGGAACUUCUACAGGUGGAGGGAAUCGAAUGCAAAGUGGAACAAAUGACGGGGGUGGUAGAGACAAUAAGCCUCGUUCGGCGAUGGAGCGGCGGCGCGGAGCAGCACAUCCGGCAGCGUUUCCGCAAGCGAAAUUCCAGCUGAUGGAUAUGGAAUACCCAACGGACUACGAAAUCGCACAAGAGCACCCUGAACUAGCGAACCACCUGCAGGGAAAAGUUUUCCAAGUCAUCUCCUCGCAGCAAGGCAGCAAGCACGUCCAGCGCCUGCUGUGCGAAAGCGAAAUCGCAACCAAGGUGAUUGUGUGCGAGGUAAGUGAUAUUGACAGAAGUUGUACCGAUUAGCUUUGUUUCUUUUGCGAUAAUUUUUAUUUUGAUCCUCGUGUUAGUAGUGUUGGUAUAUGUGCGCUUUGACUUUUCAUGUACGUGUUCUGAACUCACAGCUCCAGCCGCACCUAGUACAGCUAAUGCGAGACCAGUAUGCCAACUACGCUGUGAGUAUGGUGUUCAGUGCGCUGCCCGACUUAAAGCGGCAGGAGCUGCUUGCCAGCGGGUUCCAAAUCAACGAGCUGGUGGAGAUCGCGCAGGACAAACGGGGCACCCACAGUUUGCAGGCCCUGCUCCACCGGUGCAAGGACGAUCCUGUGGGAACCGUGCAGACCUUUUUGACACAGUUGCUCUCUCGGUUUCUGGCAUUCGCGCUCGACCCCAACGGCACACAUGUGGUGCAGAAGUGUCUGCAAACGUUCUCACAGGAGGGGCUGCAAGAUAUGUUUGGCACCAUCUGCGAUUUCUUUCCCGAUAUGAUGCACCAUCCGCACGGGCUCUGCGUACUGAAAGUGGCAAUCACGCGGGCAGAAAAGCCGUGGGCAGAAAAACUGCGGCAAAAAGUGGUGGACCAUACGCUGGUACUUAAUCCUGAAUUUCGAGAACUUUUACGUCACCUUUUCAGGAUGGACGCAACGCUGCAGAGAAAAGUUUCUGUUGCAGCUUUUUUCCAGAGAAUGAGAGCAGCGUGAACAUAAAACUUGUGGUGUCUAUUGUUUCACAAGACGAUGCGCGACGUGAGCUUCGCGACCGCAGAUCAACAGCAACUACAAGAAGAACGCACACCAUAAAACACACUUGCAGGCUCUAAUCGAGAAUCCUUUUGGCAACUACGCGGUCCAGCACGCUCUGAAAUCUUGGGGCUGGGAAUACUGCGGUCCCGUGAUUGAACAGCUGCGGUACAGAUUUGCAGACGCGAGCACACAAAAAUUUUCGAGCAACGUCGUUGAGUGCAUACUCGGUGUGGCGCCCACCGAGGUCGGUGACACGACUCACACAAAUACGGCCGAACAAGAAGAUCAAGCUGCGCAACACGUGGAACUUGCGAGCGAGCCGUGGCAACAGAGAAAGAAGCAAAGCAAGACGAAGCUCAUGACGCGCAUCGAGAUUAUCCGAGAAAUAAUUGCACCGACGAACCUCGGCGAACUGCUGAACAGCAUGUAUGGCCAGUACGUGGUAAAGCGUGCCCUCGCAGUCAGUGAACGGCAAGAAAUAGAGGAGAUCACUGAUGCCUUUGAGACGUACUUGAAAGGCGGCACUUCAGGUCCGGGCGCGACGAACCGAAAGCAGGCCCGGCACCGCUGGGAGCGGAUUCUGCACGAUAACGCACAUCAUCGGGCGGCCAACGACAGAGGUCUUCAGAACAACCAACACGGACACCAAACUGCACUGGGGAGCUACAACAACUACUGA